GAUGUUCUGUCCUUGGCUCACUCCUUGCACCGUUACUACUAUUAUGACUUGUUAGCUCAGUGACAGCGAACGCGCUUUCAAGUCUCUUGGGUCCAUUCACUCAUACAAACACAGACACAAACACAAACACAAACACCAAUCUCAACUGAAGCUGUCAUUAGAUGUUACCUUAGAACUUGGAACCAGUCCAUGCUUUACUUUACUUUACCUUAUACAUCACCCUUUUGCUUCUUCCUUAUGUAUCUUCUUCAACUACAUUUUUUUUUUAUUCUUAAUACGUUUACACUUUCCAACUUUGCUUCCUUUGGAUAUUAACCUUUAAAAUUCUUGCAAGAAACACGCUUUUCUUGCAGCAAGAAUGGAAAAGAACAGGAAACUCACCCGGUUGCAGGAUCUUUGUAUAGUUUCGCGCCUUGUGGCGCUUUUUUUCUUGUUUCAGAAUUUGGGUUUGUGCUGUUCUUUGAAUGAAGAAGGUAAUGCUCUUUUGAAGUUCAGGCAGAGAAUAGUGAGUGACCCUUUUGGUGCUUUGACAGAUUGGGUGGAUGAUGAUGCAUCUUUUGACCCUUGUAAUUGGUUUGGAGUUGAGUGCUCAGAUGAAAGAGUUGUGGCCUUCUUGAGUGAUUUUUUGCUCAGGAAUUUGAAGGAUCUCUGUCUUGAAGGAACUCUGGCACCUGAGCUUGUGAAACUUAACCACAUAAAGUCCAUUGUUUUACGGAACAACUCUUUCUCUGGAACCAUCCCUGAAGGAUUUGUGGAGUUGAAAGAAUUGGAGGUUUUGGAUUUGGGAUACAACAACUUCAGUGGAUAUCUACCUGCCGAUCUUGGGAGCAAUAUCUCACUAGCAAUCCUCUUGUUGGAUAACAAUGAAUUUCUUGUGGGUUUCUCCCCGGAAAUCAAUGAACUGAGGAUGCUUUCUGAGUGCCAAGUGGAUGAAAAUCAGCUAACUAAUGCUGCUAAAAUGCCAGCUUGUAUAGAAAGAGCCACCACAUGGCAUAUUGGUGAAGGUAAAAGUACUAGUCGUGGCCUACUGGCACUGCAACUCCCAAAACCAUUGCAUCGUGAUCAUGAAGAUGCUCGUAAUCGUGCACCACAACAGAAGCCUUCACCUUCUUCUCCUCCUUCACCAGUGCCUCCAAAACCAUUUGAUCGUGAUCAUGAAGAUCCUCGUAAUCGUGCACCACAAGAGAAGCCUUCACCUCUUUCUCCUCCUUCACCAGUGCCAAAGCUAACUCCCCCUGAGAAAAAAGCUGCAUCAGGUUCUGGACCACUGUCUAAAACUGAAAAAAGAACUUCACCGAAGGUUCAUAUUUUGGUUGGAGUUAUAGGUGGUACAGUGUUUCUUCUUUUUUCAACCAUUGGCUUAUAUGUUUGUAAAACAAAGGUGGUUAAUGUCAGACCUUGGGUCACGGGACUCAGUGGACAGCUGGAGAAGGCAUUUGUAACUGGUGCUCAAAAGUUAAGAAGAUUGAAUCUUGAAGUAGCAUGUGAAGAUUUUAGUAAUGUAAUUGGUACUUCGCCUAUUGGCACAGUGUACAAAGGAACUUUGUCUAGUGGCGUUGAAAUAGCUGUAACUUCUGUUCCGGUGACAUCAUCCAAGAAUUGGUCAAAGACUUUAGAAGUUCAAUUUAGAAACAAGAUAGAUACAUUAUCGAAAGUGAACCACAAGAAUUUUGUAAAUCUUAUUGGAUACUGUGAAGAAGAAGAGCCUUUCACCAGAAUGUUGGUUUUUGAAUAUGCCCCAAAUGGAACACUAUUUGAGCAUUUACACAUAAAAGAGGCUGAGCACUUGGAUUGGGUAACAAGGCUUAGAGUUGCAACGGGUAUGGCUUAUUGCUUGCAGCAUAUGCACCAAUUGGACCCUCCUAUGGCCCUUAUCAAGCUGAAUUCUCAAACUGUUUACUUGACCGAUGACUAUGCUGCAAAACUCUCAGAUUUGAGUUUCUCAUAUGACAUAACCUCAUCUGAGACAAAAGCCAUUGACAUGCCAAAAGCAAGUCUAGAAAGUAACGUUUAUAGCUUUGGUGUUUUGUUAUUUGAGAUGGUUACUGGUCGUCUCCCUUAUUCAGUGGAACAAAGGAACUCACUUGAAAACUGGGCAUCACACUAUUUACAAGGAGACCAACCCCUCAAGAAUAUGGUGGAUCCAAUUCUUGAAUCUUACCAAGAGGAUCAGCUUGAACAAGUUGCUGCAUUGAUUAAAUCUUGUGUGCACCAAGAUCCAAAGCAGAGACCAACAAUAAAAGAUGUCAGUGAAAGACUAAGAGAGAUAACAAAGAUAACACCUGAAUCAGCAGUUCCAAAACUUUCUCCACUGUGGUGGGCAGAGCUUGAGAUUGCUUCUACAGAAAUGUGUUGAAACCAGUGAAGCAGAUUGUAGUUAAGUUCCAAUGGUUUUUGACGUUGUGAUCCUUUUUCUGUAAAAUGUUGUUAAAAAGUAUCUAUUUUUAUGUUGUAGAACAUGGUCGCAAAUGAUGUUCUUUCGGUGCAGUUUUUAAUUGUAGUUUAUGGAAUUGCACAGAGAAUCAGUUUUUUGUGUAUCAGUUGAUUUCAAUUCAGUUCAUGAGGCGAAUCAAGAUAUUUGCAACUCUUUCAUUCU